UAUUGAAGAUUCUGAUUCCAAAUUGGUGCAAUAAUGUAGAGCUAGCUAGUGCGUUGUAUCCAUAUGCAGCCACUCCUAUAAGUCAUGUAUGUGGGUUCUGUGUAGAAUGUGAAGAUGAAGAUGAGGUCAAAAAAUCUAGUAUUGGCACUUGCUGUUCUGGUUUUCUAUGGCCUCCAAGGCGUCCAAGCUAUGGCAAAUGCUCCUGAUUUGAUCAAGCUUCACACUGCUGUUGCUAUCGGAGCUGUAUGUCUGGAUGGGAGUCCACCUGCCUACCAGCUUGAUUGGGGUAAAGAGGAUGGAGCCAAGAAUUGGCUGUUACACUUGCAGGGAGGAUACUGGUGUACUACAACGCAAGAAUGUCAGACGAGGAUGAAUGAUAGCAGCGGCCUUGGUUCAUCAACGAAAAUGAAGAGGUCUUAUUUUUCUGGAAUUUUAACCAAUAAUGAAACCCUAAACCCAUACUUUUAUAACUGGAACAGGGUCUUUGUAAGAUACUGUGAUGGCUCCUGCUUUACUGGAGACAAGCAAGAAUUCUCGGCUGAUGGACCAUAUUACAGAGGGAGUAGAGUUUUCAGUGCUAUCAUUGAUGAACUUAUGAAACUUGGAAUGAAGAAUGCCCAAAACGUACUUCUCUCCGGCAGUUCUGCUGGUGGGUUGGGAACAAUGGUACAUUGUGAUAGAUUUAGGAAUCGUUUUCCUACUUCUACUAAAUUUAAAUGCUUAUCUGAUGCUUCUUAUUUCAUUACCCUGAAUAAUCCUUCGGGAUUUGUGGAACUUCAUGGAUCAUCUAAAAACUUACCAGAAACUUGCACAUCAAAGAUGGAUGCUGCCUUGUGCCUCUACCCAAAGAAUUUUGUUCCAGAUAUCCAGACUCCUCUGUUUAUCUUAAAUUCUGCAUAUGAUACUUUCCAGAUUGCAGCAACUGUUCGACUGCCUGUAAAUACUUCACGGUCAUGCUUGUAUAAUUUAACAGGCUGCCCAGAUACUGUACGGAAACAAUGGAAAAUGCAGUGCAGUCAUCCUAUAAUUUAUAAAAACGAGCUUCUUUCCCCAGAUCUUAGGUUGAAAAUCUUGCAAGAAGUGACCAUGGGAGACCUUUCCAAACGAGGGUUAUUCAUAAACUCGUGCCACACUCAUUCCCAAUCUGAGUUUCAAAGUAAAUGGCUUGGAGAUCCCAAAUCUAUGCUUGAUAAUAUGACAAUUUCAGAAGCUGUUGGAAAAUGGUUUAAUGACGAGAAGCUAGUCCAGUUGAUUGAUAGAAAACACAGCUCUACAAAACAAUGCGUUCUUGAUGCCUCCGAGCCAAAUGCUUGUAACAACUAUACCUGGGGUGCAUCUUACCUCUGUAAUACCUAGUCCUAAGUUUAAGAUUGCUAUCGAUCUCUUACUCACCUACUAUUAAUCAGGUCUUGAACUUUUCCUUUGAAUGACGCUAAAUAGCUUCUUUCUUUGCA